UACCCUAACUAAGUAACAUCAUCCGUGCUAGUAAGGAGUGCGGUUUGCUGUCUUUUUAUAUUUUAGUAGCUUGCUCAGUAUUGGUAAGAGCAGGAAGUUCAACCAUACUUCCAAUCCUAAACGCGCUUCAAAUAACACACAGUGCAACCGUAUCUAGAUUUAUUCAAAAGAAAGUCCUCCCCGAUUCAAUGGACCUUAUUUUCUAGUAAAUUGGAUAGGACUGCAGCCUCCGGUCUUUGGGAGAUAUUUUCCUGUAGGCUGUACCCAUAAGAAUCCUCUACUAAAAAAUAAAUGUAAUUGAAUGUAGACUUCAAACCAAUAUUCACACACCGAAGAGUAAUCAUCCUUAAAUUCAAUGGGUUUUUAAAUGUUUAGUGCAAUGUACUUUCUUUUAAAUGUAUGUUAGAGUUACAGUCUAACAGCCGACCCUAUCCAGAUCUUCUCAGAAGUAAACAGAUAUUAGCUUGGCUAAAUGAAUUUCAGUGGCCCUUUCUUCCAAAAUGCUCUAUUUUCUUUUUAUCUGUAUCUUAGACCUCACUAUAAAUCAGUUUUAUAAGGCAUCAUUUGCAUUUUUAAAAAAAGCAAACGGCGAAAUUAUAUGUUUGCGUUUAAAACACGUCGGUUAUUUUAAAAUACGUUUAGAGUGGAAUCCAGGACGAAACAGGGAAAUGAACGCCAGCAGCUUGCCGGAGUUCCAGAUGUCUUCAGGGUGCUCAGCUCCUGCAAAGUGUUUGCAUUUGCUUCUUAACAGAACAGAAUGACAGAACUGGACGGGAUCUUUGAGGUCUUCUAGUCCAACCCCCUGCUCAGGCGGGAAGCCCUAUACCACUUGGUGUUACGUUUCGGACUUGCACUGGAGGUGGGGAUUAAAAGUGCUGUUUCAAGUGGGGUAAUUACGGCGCAGGCCAAAACUCUGGGAAUCUGGAAGUAAAACUCCUUACCCAUCUCUGCUACAAUAUAUUGUCAUAUAUUGACAAUCUCGGGUCAGAUCCAAGCUGGUGAAACGCGUUUCAACUUUCAUCUCAACACCAUUCCGCCACCCCCGGCCGCGUCAACUCGUGGCUUAUUCAAGAGACGGCCAAUCACGCCACGGGCCCCUAGAAGGCAGAGGAAGGAAACGCUGCUUCGAGAUUCCCACCAGCUUUGGAUUUUCCCGAGGCCCGUCUUUCUAGAGAAGCCUCUUAGGAGAAGGGGCUUCUGAAACCAGCCGGGCGACUCGCUCCUCGGAUGCUUUUGCCAAUAAGGCUUAAGUAAACGGGCAACUACGAUUCCCAUCUCAGGCACUUGCCUUCUCUUUCAGAUUCCUCCGCCAGUAUGGGGAGCAAGACCUUGCCUGCCCCAGUACCCAUCCAUCCUUCCCUGCAGCUGACCAAUUACUCCUUUCUGCAAGCCUUCAAUGGCCUGCCUGCUGUGCCUUCGGACCACCUGCCCAACCUCUACGGUUUCAGUGCCCUCCAUGCUGUUCACCUUCAUCAAUGGACUUUGGGCUAUCCCGCCAUGCACCUGCCCCGCUCCUCUUUCUCCAAAGUGCCUGGCGUGGCCAGCCUAGUGGAUGCCAGAUUCCAGUUGCCCGCCUUCCCGUUGUUCCCGCACGUCAUCCAUCCCAAGCACGAAGCGACAAAUGUGCCACUCAAAGCCAAGCCUAGAUUUGAUUUUGCAAACCUUGCUGUGGCUGCCACCCAAGAAGAUCAUUCGAAACUGGGACAGAUAGACAACCAAGGCUCUUCUGCAGGCCUGGGCUCAUUGCUUGAAGUGACCAAACUUUCCCCUGAGAAGAAACCCACCCGCGGGAGGCUACCCUCCAAAACCAAGAAGGAGUUUGUGUGCAAAUUCUGUGGCAGACACUUCACCAAGUCCUACAACCUUUUGAUUCACGAAAGAACCCAUACAGAUGAGCGGCCGUACACGUGUGACAUUUGUCACAAGGCCUUCAGAAGGCAAGAUCAUCUGAGAGAUCACAGAUAUAUCCACUCAAAAGAAAAACCUUUUAAGUGUCAAGAAUGUGGAAAGGGAUUUUGUCAAUCCAGGACUCUUGCUGUUCACAAGACACUGCACACACAAGUAAAGGAACUCAAACCUUCCAAAAUGAAAUGCUAAAGAUUCUAACCCCAAUGAACUUCAUCUCUCCGCUCCACUCUACAUUUUAGAUCAAAUUCUUCACAGAGACAAUGGGGAACACUCAACAUAAUUAAUUUAAUACUUAAAAAAAUAUAUCAAGGAAACCACAACCCGAUAGGCACAAAAAUGCAGCCAGUCUUUCCAAAACCUGGGUACUUCCAAGUGUAAAUCCUGCGUGACUUCACUAAACUUUACGUCAAAAGGGGGUGCUCAAGUAUUGGAGAGGAAUCUUUGUUCUCCGUUUAAACCCAAACAACAAAUAGCUUUCUACCUCCCCAAUUAAGUUUAUUCUUUUGUGAGUGACUUGUUUAAAACGUGUCUCCUUUAUAACCUUUGGAAAAGAAAAUCUAGAAGGGUAUUAUCCUAACUAAUUCCACAUUUGGGGAACAGCUGAGAUGGCAGAGAAGAUCACUAAUAAAACUGUUGGAAAGAGGCAACAUUCUGAAGAAAUAUCAUGCUAUAAAGGGGUCCUACCAUCCUCCAGAAAUUAACACUUCUGUCUUUUUUUUUUUUUGGUGGGGAUCUCUUCUGCAUACUCUAGUGAGCUUUCUGUCAUUUCUGUUUAUACGUGGUCUGGUGCCUUAGGAGGUAGUUUGUAAUUUGAAAGAAAAAUUGAAAGAAAAACCAAGCAAACCAAAUCCAGCAAUCAACAAGCAAACAACCCCACGUGGCAAAAGGGAAACUUGAUAAUAACAAAUCAAAGUGACUGCUGUGCACAGUGUAGCCUUGGUGGUAUUUUCAAGUUAGCAUGUGUCCAGAUGAUGGUGAACUGAGUUUUGUAAAAGGGCAGGUGGGAGAGUUUGCUGACAAAUCUCAACAGGAGAAUUUUAUCCAGAAUCAUCUUUUAUUUUAUUUUUUCCUAAGCAGUGUAAAAAGAAAAAAAAAAAGACAAGACAUUCCAAUAUGUUUUUGGUUUAAAGUUAUUGCUAUUUGGCACUUUAUGCUGAUUCUUGAUAAUGAACAUUUAUCACUGGAUUUAUUAUUAUUUUUUAAGUAUUAAAAUAAAUUGGUAUUUUACAGGCAAA